AUGGCGCGGUUCGGAGACGAGAUGCCGGCCAGGUAUGGCGGCGGUGGCGCGGGAGGCCGCGGUGGCAGCAGGCAAGGAGGACCCCACGGACACGGUCACGGCCAUGGCCACGGCCACGGCCACGGGAUGCACGGGCACGGCGCGCACGGCAUGCACGGGCCCCCUGGAGGCCCCGGGACCCAGAGAAUGUACAAACAGUCCAUGGCGCAAAGAGCGCGGACUAUGGCCCUCUAUAAUCCCAUCCCCGUGCGCCAGAACUGUUUCACUGUCAACCGCUCCCUCUUCAUCUUUAGUGAAGACAACUUUGUGAGAAAAUACGCCAAAAAGAUCACCGAAUGGCCUCCAUUUGAGUGGAUGAUUCUAGCCACCAUCAUUGCCAACUGCAUUGUCCUGGCCCUCGAACAGCAUUUGCCUGAUGGAGACAAGACGCCAUUGUCAGAGCGCCUGGACGAUACUGAGCCGUAUUUCAUCGGGAUCUUCUGCUUCGAAUCCGGAAUCAAGAUCCUGGCCCUUGGUUUUGCCUUCCAUAAGAAUUCCUAUUUGAGGAACGGUUGGAACGUCAUGGACUUCGUGGUGGUUCUCACAGGGAUUCUGUCGACAGUGGGCUCAGAGUUUGACUUGAGGACUCUGAGGGCGGUGCGUGUGCUGAGGCCGCUCAAACUCGUCUCUGGUAUUCCUAGCUUACAGGUGGUGCUCAAAUCCAUCAUGAAGGCCAUGAUCCCCCUGCUGCAGAUCGGCCUCCUGCUCUUCUUCGCCAUCCUCAUGUUCGCCAUCAUCGGCCUGGAGUUCUACAUGGGCAAGUUCCACACCACCUGCUUCGACAAUCAAACAGCUGAGAUCCGAGAGGAGUUCCCGUGUGGCACUGAGCCUCCGUCGCGCCUCUGUCCGGAGGGCACCACAUGCAGGAAGUACUGGCUGGGACCAAACUACGGCAUCACGCAGUUCGACAACAUCCUGUUCGCCAUCCUCACCGUCUUCCAGUGCAUCACCAUGGAGGGCUGGACCGACCUGCUCUACUAUAGCAACGACGCCUCAGGGAGCGCAUGGAACUGGAUGUACUUCAUCCCCCUCAUCAUCAUCGGCUCCUUCUUCAUGCUCAACCUGGUGCUGGGUGUCUUGUCAGGGGAGUUUGCCAAAGAGCGAGAGCGCGUGGAGAACCGCAGUGAGUUCUUGAAGCUCCGCAGACAGCAGCAGAUCGAGAGGGAGCUUAACGGUUACCUGGAGUGGAUCUGUAAAGCUGAGGAGGUCCUGUUGGCCGAUGAUGAGAACGAUGCUGAUUACGAUGGAUCUCGCAGGAGAGCCACCAAAAACCACAAGAGCAAAGCAGAGCUGCUGAACCCGGAGGAAGGGGAGGGCGACCACGUUGGCUCCCCGUUCGCCCGUGCCAGCCUGAAGAGCUCCAAACUGGAAGGCUCCAACUUCAAAAGGCGAGAGAGGCGUCUGCGUUUCCUGAUCCGUCGCGUGGUGAAGACCCAGGCCUUCUACUGGACCGUGCUGUGCCUGGUGGGGCUCAACACGCUGUGUGUGGCCGUGGUGCACUACGACCAGCCAGAGCCUCUGUCCGACUUCCUCUAUUAUGCUGAAUUCAUCUUCCUGGGGAUCUUCUUGACUGAGAUGAUGAUAAAGAUGUACGGUCUGGGGAGGCAGGCCUACCUCAACUCCUCAUUCAACUGCUUCGACUGCAUCGUGAUCUCGGGCAGUAUCUUCGAGGUCCUGUGGUCCAUGAUCCAGCCGGGCACGUCCUUCGGCAUCAGUGUGCUCCGAGCUCUCAGGUUAUUGAGGAUCUUCAAAGUCACGAAGUACUGGGCGUCUCUGAGAAACCUGGUGGUGUCUCUUCUGAACUCCAUGAAGUCCAUCAUCAGCUUGCUCUUCCUGCUCUUCCUCUUCAUCGUGGUCUUUGCCCUGCUGGGAAUGCAGCUCUUCGGAGGACAAUUUAAUUUUGAAACCGGCACUCCUCCGACAAACUUUGAUACUUUCCCCGCAGCAAUAAUGACCGUGUUCCAGAUCCUGACCGGUGAGGACUGGAACGCCGUGAUGUACGACGGCAUUCAGUCUCAGGGCGGAGUCAACAAGGGCAUGGCCUUCUCUGUCUUCUUCAUCGUACUCACUCUUUUUGGCAACUACACCCUGCUGAAUGUAUUCUUGGCUAUCGCUGUGGACAACUUGGCCAACGCACAGGAGCUGACAAAGGAUGAGCAGGAGGAGGAAGAGGCAGCCACUCAGAAAAUGGCUCUGCAAAAGGCGAAAGAAGUGGCAGAAGUCAGUCCUCUGUCUGCUGCAAAUCUCUCCAUCGCAGCCAACAAAGUACACAGUGAAUGUCACAACGCCACAGACCCCUUUCUCCUCUGCAAAGAGCAGCAGAAGAACCACCUCGGCAAAGGUUGCAGUAAGUCCGUGUGGGAGCAGCGCACCAAGGAGCUGAGGAAGCAGACUCUGGCGUCCAGUCGAGAGGCCCUGUACAACGAGAUCGACCAUGAGGACCGCUGGAAGGCAAGAGCAGGGAGGGAGGAGCACAACAAUGUAAAUUUCGCAAAACACGUGCGCCCGGACAUGAAGACUCACCUGGACCGCCCCCUAGUGGUGGACCCGAGGGAAAACCGCAACAACAACACCAACAAAACCACCCCUUACAACGCCGACUGCUACAGCCAGCCUCCCCCCGCCAGCGAGCUCCAGAGGGUCCAGGAACAGCCCGGAGAGGGAGGCGUUGGAGGGGGCGCUAACCCAGCCAGACCCCCUCUGGAGCGGGGAGAGUCUGCAGAGAGCCGGCGCAGUCGAAAAUCAGAUCUCCACCAUCACGGUUCGCACUCUCGACUGGACUCUACGGUGGUCCCGGGGUCUGAGGAGCGGCCCUCCAGAAGGCACCACCACACCCGCAGCGGCAGCAGCAGAGGGGGGCAGUCCGAGCACAGGAAGUCCAGGUCCCAUCGUAAGAGCACCGAAGACGAGGACGGUAACGGCAAUGGCGGCGCCGGUAAAUCUGGGAGACACCGGAGGAGAGUGGAAGGAGGGAACGGAGAGGGAGAGCAGGAGGAAGGAGAGAGGAAGCCACGCAGGAGUCGCCACGGCAACCAGGACGGAGAGGGCAAGAGGAUGUGCCAACACAGGAGGAAGGACUGCAGCCUCCCGAACCUCUCCACCACGCGCCCCAUCCAGAAGAUCUCCAGGCAGGACAGCACCUACAGCGAGGACCUGGACAACCUCAUGAACACCAAGCUCAUCUCCGGCUCCAGCCCCCCCAGCGACCCCCACGCCAACCUGGUCGCCAACCUGGAGAGGGCCCCCAGCUACGGCUCCGCCCUGCACCUCACCAGCAGCGGGACCCGGGGCAGCCUGGUGGCCAUCGACAGCUACGGCAACAUCGGGCAUCACCGCGCCAACAGCAUCCUCAGGCUCUACCACCCGGACUACACCGCCAUAGACAUGCCCAUUUUCCCAUCCAAGAAUGCCAUACUUCAAGUCAAUAAAAAUGCCAACACGGAGCCUCUGCCGGCCAAAAAGGACGACGAUGAUGACGACGACGGAGGAGGAGAAGGAGGACCCAGACCCAUGGUGCCUUUCACCUCCAUGUUCAUCCUGACCACCACCAACCCUUUCCGACGGGCGUGUCACUACAUCUGUACUCUUCGCUACUUUGAGAUGUGUAUUCUGCUGGUGAUCGCCAUGAGCAGCAUCGCCCUGGCCGCAGAGGACCCGGUGUGGCCCGAUUCUCCACGCAACAAUGUGCUUCGCUAUUUUGACUACGCCUUUACAGUGGUUUUCACUUUUGAAAUGCUGACCAAGAUGGUGGACUUGGGCCUGGUCAUGCACCCGGGCUCAUAUUUCCGGGACCUUUGGAACAUCCUUGACUUUAUAGUGGUUAGUGGUGCUCUGGUGGCCUUCGCCUUCACCGGCGGUGGCGGGGGGAGUAGUAAAGGGAAGGACAUCAGUACGAUCAAGUCCCUGAGGGUGCUGAGAGUGCUGAGGCCGCUGAAGACCAUCAAACGUCUACCCAAACUCAAGGCGGUGUUUGACUGCGUGGUGAACUCUCUGAAGAACGUUCUGAACAUCCUGAUCGUCUACUUGCUCUUCAUGUUCAUCUUCGCUGUCGUGGCGGUGCAGCUGUUCAAGGGACGCUUCUUUUACUGCACCGACGAGUCCAAGGAGUUUGAGCGUGAUUGCAGAGGCGAAUACUUGGUCUAUGAACGAGAUAAUGAAGUGAGGGCACAGAAGCGGGAAUGGAAGAAGUACGAUUUCCACUACGACAAUGUGGCUUGGGCCCUACUCACCCUCUUCACGGUUUCCACUGGAGAGGGGUGGCCGCAGGUGCUGAAGCAUUCAGUCGAUGCGACCUACGAGAACCAGGGCCCCAGCCCAGGAUACCGGAUGGAGAUGUCCAUCUUUUACGUGGUGUACUUCGUGGUCUUCCCCUUCUUCUUUGUCAACAUUUUUGUGGCUCUGAUCAUCAUCACUUUCCAAGAACAAGGGGAUAAGAUGAUGGAAGAAUAUAGCUUAGAAAAGAAUGAGCGAGCCUGCAUAGACUUUGCCAUAAACGCCCGGCCUCUGACUCGCCACAUGCCUCAGAACAAACUGAGCUUCCAGUACAAGAUGUGGGAGUUUGUGGUGUCUCCUCCGUUUGAAUACACCAUAAUGGCCAUGAUCGCGCUCAACACCAUCGUCCUCAUGAUGAAGUAUGAUGGAGCAUCUGACACAUAUGAAGCUGUUUUAGCCAACCUCAACAUCGUGUUUACAUCGCUCUUCUCCAUGGAGUGUGUGCUUAAGAUCAUCGCCUUUGGAGCCCUGAAUUAUUUCAAAGAUGCCUGGAACAUUUUUGACUGUGUAACGGUUUUGGGCAGCAUCACUGACAUUCUGGUCACAGAGCUUGGGAUGAAUAACUUCAUAAACCUGAGUUUCCUGAGGCUGUUCAGGGCGGCGCGUCUCAUCAAACUGCUGAGGCAAGGAGAGACCAUCCGCAUCCUGCUCUGGACCUUUGUACAGUCCUUUAAGGCCCUGCCCUACGUCUGCCUGCUGAUUGCCAUGCUCUUCUUUAUCUACGCCAUUAUUGGGAUGCAGCUGUUUGGGAAUAUCGCCAUAGAAGAAGAUGGAGAGAGCGCAAUCAACCAGCACAACAACUUCAGGACCUUCAUCCAAGCUCUCAUGCUCCUCUUCAGGAGUGCCACAGGGGAGGCGUGGCAUGAUAUCAUGUUGGCGUGUCUGGGGAACAAAGAGUGUGACGCUAUGUCCGGGAACGAUGGGCCUGUGUGUGGCAGCCAGGUGGCGUACCUCUACUUCGUCUCCUUCAUCUUCUUCUGUUCUUUCCUGAUGCUGAACCUGUUCGUGGCCGUCAUCAUGGACAACUUCGAGUACCUGACCAGAGACUCGUCCAUCCUGGGACCGCACCACUUGGAUGAGUAUGUGAGGAUAUGGGCCGAGUAUGACCCUGCAGCCUGCGGGCGCAUUCAUUAUAAGGACAUGUACAGUUUAUUACGAGUUAUCGACCCGCCUCUCGGCUUAGGCAAGAAAUGCCCUCAUAGGGUGGCCUGCAAGAGGUUGCUGCGAAUGGACCUGCCCGUGGCCGACGACAACACGGUGCAUUUCAACUCCACCCUGAUGGCGCUCAUACGCACGGCCCUGGAUAUCAAGAUCGCCAAGGGCGGCAUAGACAAGCACCAGAUGGACGCCGAGCUGAGGAAGGAGAUGAUUGCGAUCUGGCCCAACCUGUCGCAGAAGACCUUGGAUUUAUUGGUUACUCCCCAUAAGGCAGCCACAGACCUGACAGUGGGCAAAAUCUACGCAGCCAUGAUGAUUAUGGAGUACUACAGGCAGAGCAAGAUCAAGCGCUCCCAGGCCCUCCGCGACGAGCAGAACCGAACGCCAUUACUAUUUCAGCGCGUGGAGCCUCCGUCGCCGGCCCAGGACGGAGGGGUGGGCCUCAAUGCCCUACCCCCAGCAGAGAACACUGACCUGGGCAACACCCUGUCUGAGGGAGGAGGCAUCCCGGAGAGCCAGUCAUGGGUGACCGCUCGGGCCCAGGAGAUGUCCCAGAAGGUGGGCAGCUGGAGCCCCGAGGGACACCCUGACGGCCUGGGCAUGAGCAACUCACAGACGGUAGAGAUGAGAGAGAUGGGGCAGGAGGCUUACUCGGACACAGAGCACUUUGCACCAAUGGAAGGUCAUGGCAGGGCCGCUUCCAUGCCGCGGCUCCCUGGCGACAACCAAACCAUAAAUGACAACAGUCCCAUGAAGCGGUCAGCCUCCUCCCUGGGCCACAGCCGCUCGGGCAGAGGGCACAGGGACAGAGGCGGGCAGGACGACUACAUGGACCAAGUACCAGAGGAGGGCAGGACUCGGCACGGCCACAGGCGAAAGGAGCGACGCCACGGGGCAUCGGAGAGGUCUCUGCACCGCUACGCUGACCACGAUACAGGUGUGGAGCUGUCCCAGUCUGCAGAGAUCCUGUCAAAGGACCGAGACCGAGACCGCGGCCGCUCCAAAGACCGCAAGCACCACCACCAUCAUCACCACCACCACGGCUCUGUGGACAAGGAGCGCUACGUCCCAGAGCGGGAGAGGCCCGAACGGGGGGACUACCCCCACAGGCACUCCCGCGACAGGGACCGGGAGCGCCGCUGGUCCCGCUCGCCCAGUGAGGGCCGCGAGUGCCUCACUCACAGACAGGGCAGUAGUUCGGUGAGCGGCAGUCCGGUCCCGUCCACGUCGGGGACCAGCACACCGCGGAGAGGCCGGAGACAGCUCCCUCAGACCCCUGCCACCCCGCGGCCUCAUGUCACCUACUCUCCUGUGGUUCGCAAAGGGGCAUCUGUACCUGCACCCGGGCCCCAAGGUCGGCCCCCGGCUCCACGCCGAUUCUCUCCUGAGCCUGCGCCUCUACAGGCUCCACCCCCUGGGCCCCGCCCACACCACCCCCCUCCUCGCUGGGGGGAGGGCAGUGGCUCUGUGGAGGCAGACUUCUACAGUCAGGACUAUGAAGCUCAUCAUGAACCUCCAGCGUAUGAGCAGGGCCCUAUGCAGGGCAGUAACCCCCACCCUCUGAGCACCCACCCACUGCCGCCUCCCCCCAUGCAGCCUCACAAUCCCAUGCCCCCCAGGGGCCCCUCCCCACGUACAGUGCACCCAGGGGCCCCUCCCACCACUGCGCUGACAGGACCAGUGCCCACCCAGGUGCAGCCCGCCCCUCAGCGCCGACUACCAAACGGCUACCGCUCCUCGUCCCCCUCCACGCACCUCCAUGGACCCAUGCACACGGGCCCCCACAAGGUGCCCCCUCCGGCCGGGCACCCGCGGGGCCCUCGCAAGGGCCUGCAUGAACCCUACAAUGAAGUGGAGGCCGAUGACUGGUGCUAG